AUGAGCACCUCCGCCUUCUCCCCUCAUGACCCAUACCUUCUCAAAGCAAGCGGCCUCAUCGGCGCCUUCGUCACCCUCUUCGGCACCGCUAUCCUCGUCCGCCCUUCCUUCGGACUCUCAGCAUGGAAGUUCAUCUCGCCUACCGCAUCCAAGGACAAGCAACUGGCGCUUGAUCAGUUCCGGCUUUUCGGUGUUCGGGAGGCUUUCCUAGGGACCGCACUAGUGACUUGUUGGUUCCUAGGGGAGCCGAAAGUGCUGGGAUGGUUGAUGUUGGCUACGAUUCCCGUGGCGGUUGUGGAUGGGGUUGUGCAGAGGAGUCAGACGGGGGGUGGGGAGUGGUCCCAUUGGGGACUUGUGCCUGUUGUUUUUGGGUUGGGUGGGGGUUUGUUGGGAUGGUUCGAGCGGAUGAUUUGA